ACCCCGGAGCGGCCUCCAGCGCUCCCGCCCCUCACUAAGGCGGCAUAAGGAGGAAAAGACAAAGUAGAAAGCCCACCACCAACCAUCCCCCGGCUCCCUCCUGUCCCCCCAAUUGGGUCCUUGCAGGCCCCGAAGGGUGGUGCCAGGCCUCCAGGCCGGCCCCGGCCACCCCAGCUUCCCCGGCCGUGCCAAAUCCCGCCGCCGCCGCCGCCGCCGCCGCCGCCUCCCCAGGAGCGGGGCGGAGCAACUGCCCGCCGCCGCCGACCACCCGGACGACUCCUCGUCGGAUAGCAAACGCAUAGGCCGCCGCCCGAGUUCUGCGUACGAGAAGAAAGACGCGGCGCGAACGCCAACGGCCACCGGGCGCGCGCCGUGGCGGCCGGGCCUGCGCCCCAAGAGCUGGAUGCCAGAGCAGGAGAAAGAGCCGCCAACCGAUCGCUCGAUCGACCGCGCGCCCGCUCCUUCGCCCUACCAGACCGGGGAGGGGGGGAGGGCGCGCCAGGGCUUCUUCGAGUUAGGGGCCUGACUCCCCGGCGACGAGACAAGAUGGCUCCUCCGGUCCGCGCCGCAGCUGCCGUCCCGGCUGCGUCGCUCGGCCCGCCCCCGGUACUGUUUCUUUAAAUGGCGGAGAGGGUCAAGAAAGCAGGAAGAGAGGCGCGCUCACUCACGUGACAGGGGAGGGCCCAGCUAACAAGAUCCGGUCACGUGGAGACACGCUACCUACCAAUCAGAAGGCGUCGCAUCAGAGCGGGGGCGGGAGGAUCUGCGGCUCUGUGAUUGGCCGAAUACGCCGCGGAGGCCUCGGGGGCUUGGGGCGUCGGGGAGUGCGCGAGGCGGCCCGGGCUGUGUGCACUAGCGGAGACAAAGCGCUGGCUGAGGUGGCAGAGACGCCAGCGAUAGCAGCGGCGGAGGAGACCUAGACGCCGAAUUUUGUGGUGUUGAGUCCGGUCACCAUAUCAUCCAGCGCAGUGCGGGCUGUGGUCUCGCGGCGGCGGUGGCGGCAGCGGCGGAGGCGGAGGCAGCACAUGGUUCCAAGAGCGCGCUGCGGUUGUUGGGUUCCAAUUCCGUGGGGAGGGACAAAGGCAGCUGCAGCUGUGAGCGCAGGGCAACGCCCGCUCGGGUAGUGUACUCGUCACUGCCCUCAAUCCGGGCCUUGAAAGCUGGGACUAUCUUCUCUAUGUGAGGAGGAGAACACGGGACCGAGCGCCUGAGAGGCUGAGGCCGCUGUCUGAGGGAAGUGGGGGAGGGGCGCAACUCGCCUGAGUUGAUUUGGGCGGGUCAGGUCUGAGGCGACUUAAUGGGUCUGUGUGAGGUAAUUUGACCCACUACCCUGAGGAAAGUGGGACGGACCUCAGGCUAGGUUUGGUCCAGGCUUUGAAAAACAGAAAUCGGUCUUCAGCGCUUUGGAAAUCUUUCAUUUGGGAGGUGGUGAAGCCGGAACUAACGCCAUAUGCACUCCAUCAACAACAUGGUCGCCAGUCUGGGGCUUCUUUAAGGAUCCUGGGAUCAUUGAUGGCGAAGACAUGGGUGGUUGUCCAAUUUUAUGACAUAAGUUGCUGAAUUUACGGAUUGGUGAAUUUCUGGACUGGUAAAUUUCCUCACAGGAAAUUUAGAGGAACUGAAAAAAACGCUCGAAGAACGUGAAGAUGGAGCAGUAAUUGCCAACUCCAGUAUCAUCUACUCCAGACCAACAACAUUUCAAUUCAAAUCUGAACUAUCACAAAUUAACGCUAACUCUUCCUUAAAACUGCAGGUUUAUGACGUAGUUCUUUCCAAAAUAUUACAUCAUAGUCACUGAGAAGAUUAAGAAAAUUUAAAAGCAAAAUCAAUUGUUUUAGACAUCUCUGAAUAUACUGUGGAUAGAUUCACUAGGUAACCUUGUUUGAGGAGUACAGAUUUCAGAAUCCUGAAAAAAAUCUAUUCCAUUAAUAAGCUUAUAGUUCCCAGUUAGUGGGUAAAGAACUGGAGACCUCACUGCACUCAUGGCUUUCACAAAUUACAGCAGUCUGAAUCGAGCUCAGCUAACCUUUGAAUAUCUACACACAAAUUCAACCACUCAUGAAUUCUUGUUUGGUGCUCUUGCUGAACUGGUUGAUAAUGCCAGAGAUGCUGAUGCCACCAGAAUAGAUAUUUAUGCAGAAAGGCGAGAGGACCUUCGAGGAGGAUUUAUGCUUUGUUUUUUGGAUGAUGGAGCAGGAAUGGAUCCAAGUGAUGCUGCCAGCGUGAUCCAGUUUGGGAAGUCAGCCAAGCGAACACCUGAGUCCACCCAGAUUGGGCAAUACGGGAAUGGGUUAAAAUCGGGCUCAAUGCGCAUUGGGAAGGAUUUUAUCCUUUUCACCAAGAAGGAAGACACUAUGACCUGCCUCUUCUUGUCUCGAACCUUUCAUGAGGAGGAAGGCAUUGAUGAAGUGAUAGUCCCAUUGCCUACCUGGAAUGCUCGGACCCGGGAACCUGUCACAGACAACGUGGAGAAGUUUGCCAUUGAGACAGAACUCAUCUACAAGUACUCUCCCUUCCGCAAUGAAGAGGAAGUGAUGGCUCAGUUCAUGAAGAUUCCUGGGGACAGCGGAACGCUGGUCAUCAUCUUCAACCUCAAACUCAUGGAUAACGGAGAGCCAGAGCUAGACAUAAUCUCAAAUCCAAGAGAUAUCCAGAUGGCAGAGACCUCCCCGGAGGGCACGAAGCCAGAGCGCCGCUCCUUCCGUGCCUAUGCUGCCGUGCUCUACAUUGAUCCCCGGAUGAGGAUCUUCAUCCACGGGCACAAGGUCCAGACCAAGAGGCUCUCCUGCUGCUUGUACAAGCCCAGGAUGUACAAGUACACGUCAAGCCGGUUCAAGACACGUGCAGAGCAGGAGGUGAAGAAAGCUGAGCACGUGGCACGGAUUGCUGAAGAGAAGGCGAGGGAGGCGGAGAGCAAAGCUCGGACGUUGGAAGUGCGCCUGGGUGGAGACCUCACACGGGACUCUAGGGUGAUGUUGCGACAGGUCCAGAACACAGCCAUUACCCUGCGUAGAGAAGCUGACGUCAAGAAGCGCAUCAAGGAGGCCAAGCAGCGAGCACUUAAAGAACCCAAAGAACUGAACUUUGUUUUUGGGGUCAACAUAGAACACCGGGACCUGGACGGCAUGUUCAUCUACAACUGUAGCCGCCUGAUCAAGAUGUAUGAGAAAGUGGGCCCACAGCUGGAAGGGGGCAUGGCAUGUGGCGGGGUCGUUGGGGUUGUUGAUGUGCCCUACCUGGUCCUAGAGCCAACACACAACAAGCAGGACUUUGCUGAUGCCAAAGAGUACCGGCACCUGCUGCGGGCGAUGGGGGAGCACCUGGCGCAGUACUGGAAGGACAUCGCCAUUGCCCAGCGGGGAAUCAUCAAGUUUUGGGAUGAGUUUGGCUACCUCUCUGCUAACUGGAACCAGCCCCCAUCCAGUGAGCUGCGCUACAAACGGCGGAGAGCUAUGGAAAUCCCAACCACCAUCCAGUGUGAUUUGUGUCUGAAGUGGCGGACCCUCCCCUUCCAGCUGAGUUCUGUGGAAAAAGAGUACCCUGACACCUGGGUUUGCUCCAUGAACCCUGAUCCUGAGCAGGACCGGUGUGAGGCUUCUGAACAGAAGCAGAAGGUUCCCCUGGGGACAUUGAGAAAGGACCUGAAAACACAGGAAGAGAAGCAGAAACAACUGACAGAGAAAAUUCGCCAGCAGCAGGAAAAGCUGGAGGCCCUGCAGAAAACCACACCCAUCCGCUCCCAAGCCGACCUGAAGAAAUUGCCCUUGGAAGUGACCACGAGACCUUCCACUGAGGAACCUGCACGUAGACCUCAGCGUCCUCGGUCGCCACCUUUACCUGCUGUGAUCAAGAAUGCCCCAAGCAGACCCCCUUCCCUGCAAGCUCCCAGGCCGGCCAGCCAGCCCCGAAAGGCUCCUGUUGUCAGCAGCGCCUCAAAGCCUCCUGCCCUGGCAGCCCGGGAAGAGGCCAGUACUUCCAGGCUGCUCCAGCCACCUGAGGCUCCCCGAAAGCCUGCUAAUGCUGCAGUCAAGACUGUGGCCCGGCCUGCCCCUCUAGUGCAGCCACCGUCACCAUCUCUGCUGCCCAACUCCAAGGGCCCUCGGGAAGUCCCUGCUCCCAGAGCCAUUAGGACUCCAGUGGUCAAGAAGCCAGAGCCGCCCAGUAAACCCUCCCCGGCCACUCCUAGUCGGAAGCGCAGUCUUGGGGUCUCUGAUGAGGAAGAAGUGGAGGAAGAGGCUGAGAGGAGGAAGGAGCGGUCCAAGCGGGGCAAGUUUGCUGUGAAGGAGGAAAAAAAGGACUUGAAUGAGCUCUCAGACAGUGCUGGGGAAGAGGACUCAGGUGAUGUCAAGAGCGCUCAGAAAGAUAAAGGGCUGCAUGUGGAGGUGCGUGUGAACAGGGAGUGGUACACAGGCCGUGUCACAGCCGUGGAGGUGGGCAAGAACGUGGUGCGGUGGAAGGUGAAGUUUGACUAUGUGCCCACGGACACAACACCGAGAGACCGCUGGGUGGAGAAGGGCAGUGAGGACGUGCGGUUGAUGAAGCCCCCCUCCCCGGAGUACCAGAGCCCAGACACGCAGCAGGAGGGUGGAGAGGAGGAAGAGGAGGCGGCAGUGGCCCAGCAGGCUGUGGCCAUGGUGGAGCCCUCCACCUCAGACUGCAUUCGAAUCGAGCCCGACACCACUGCCCCUAGCACCAGCCAUGAGACCAUUGACCUGCUCGUCCAGAUCCUUCGGAAUUGUUUACGGUACUUCCUGCCUCCAAGUUUCCCCAUCUCCAAAAAGGAGCUGAGUGCUAUGAAUUCGGAGGAACUAAUAUCAUUUCCUCUGAAAGAGUACUUCAAGCAGUAUGAAGUGGGGCUCCAGAAUCUGUGCCAUUCCUACCAGAGCCGUGCUGACUCUCGGGCCAAGGCCUCCGAGGAGAGCCUGCGCACCUCUGAGAGAAAGCUCCGCGAGACGGAGGAGAAGCUGCAGAAGCUGAGGACCAACAUCGUGGCGCUCCUGCAAAAGGUGCAGGAGGACAUAGACAUUAACACAGACGACGAGCUGGAUGCCUACAUCGAGGACCUGAUCACCAAGGGGGACUAAGGGGGCCAGAGAUCAGCUCCCUUGCCCUUAGGCGAGCUCCUGGGGGUGGUGUAUCAUUUAUUGGUUGAGGACUUAACCUUGGUUUGAGUCACAUGGGACAUUUGUGCUUUUGGAGGGAAAGAGACUCUGAUUCUUUGAAUCUUCCUCCCUAAGUUUAUAAAUAUUUAUUUUUUAAAAGAAACAAGAUGCUGUGCCUGCUAUGAGACCAUACCUUUUUUUGGUGACUUUUGGGCAAAGGACGGAGAACCAGAAUGCCAAGUUGGAGCUGAGCCGCUUCUGUUGGCUAUGGCCAAUCCAGUGCCCUUUGGAAGUUGGGAGAGGCUCCAGGGCUGGGGGAGGAGGGACUGGGCCUCCCAGGGUUGGUGCUCCCCAGGAGCCACAGGUCAGGAAGAGGUUCAGCGCCGAGGGGUUCUGCUGCUUGUGGCUCCUGUCAGGGUGUUAGUGGUGGUCCGAGUGCUCAGUCUUCUUGGCUAUGGCACUGUCGAAACAGCUUGGGGAAGAAAGAUCCUCCUGUUCAGCUUCCCCAUCCACCACCUAAGUUCUCCUUGCUAGAGAUUUCCUCAGCUAAUUGUGGACAGUGAGGUUUCCUGCCUCAAAAACUUGGGUUGAGGAGAGGACAGAUCCUACUCUGGUCAGAUUGCUGAUCUGGGUAGCACACUGAAUGUUUAAAUUCCAAAGGAUCCCCCUUAGGAAAGGACCUGGCGUGUGAAGGAGCCUCUGUGUUAAUCUGGUGGUGGCCUUACCUGGAUGAGGCCGGGUCCUGGUGCGCCUGCCACCAUGGUGCCGGUGAUGUAGAGAGCCUGCUACUGCCCAUUAGUGCUUCCCCUCUGUCUGGCCCACCAUGCCAGUCAAGGUCCCUGCUAUGGGGCCAACAGGAGAAAAGGGGGUCAGUGAGCCCCUCGGGGUGGGAAGUGGGCCGCAGGGACUCCAGAGGCAGCUCUGCGGGAAGCACACCAUGCCUUCCUUCCCUCCUGGUCACAGCUUCUUACAGCUGUGUCCCUCAAACAACUUCUCAGGGUCAAAGACAAAAGCAAGAGUUGCUGAGUUUUCUCUUUGAUGGCCAUUGGAAAAAUUUUGUUUGAUUUACCCCAACUCUCUUCUUCCCCCUCUUUGUUUGGGGACUUUUGGGUUUGCUGAAGGCACAAGAACUAUGGCCUUAUACCACUGGUCUUCGAUUCAGACCUCGGUGUUUCCAGUGUCUACCUACCUCUGAUCAGCAGUGGCCACAUGCCACCCUGUGAAGACUUCAGAAGACUGGGAAGCACUGGGGAGGGAGGCAGGCCACACUGGAAUUGGAAGUCUUUACCCACUUGUACAUGGGGCUUGAGUGCCUGUGACUUGUGGGUUUGGGGCUUCCCCAAACCACAUCCCUGGGUAGAGGGCGGGGGGUGGGGUGGGGGGUGGGAAAUACCACCCAGAGAGACCCUGAUCGCUUCCUCUACAAGAUCCUCAGUCUUGGGGUUUCUUGAGCUGGUGGUUCCUCUCCUAUACAGCUCUCUCUCUCUCCAUCACAGGCAGCAUAUGGUCCAUUUUUGUCUCCAAAUCUACUUUUAAUCUAAAUGGAAGUUGGUUCUGCAUUUUUACCAGAGGGUAAUAUUCAAGUUUUUUAUUUACACACCUGUAAUCAAAAUGCAAUACUAUAAACUUUUAAUGGUGAGAAUCCUGAA